AUGCCUCUCACCCGAGACCCUUUCCAGCAUCCUACGUUGGAAAACGAUGAUUCCUACUUGGGAAAACUGCGGGCUUCCAAGAAACUGCCAUAUAAGAACCCAACUCACCUUGCUCAGCAACAGGAACCCUGGUGUCGACUCAGCUCAACUCCCACAAUCACGUCCAUGAGGCAGGCUGUUUAUUUUUUUGAUCCUGAGAUACCGAAGGAUGAUCUGGAUUUCCGAUUAGCAGCCUUGUACAACCACCACACAGGGACGUUCAAGAGCAAAAGUGAGACACUGAUACACCAGGAGACCAUUCAGGAUGCCCAUGGAAUCAAGAUCCAAUUCUCUGGAGAAUCUUUAUCCCCUCCCCAGCCACCCGCCAUCACUUCCCAAGCUAACAUCAGACACUGGAUCAACCCUAAGAAGGAGUCUAUUCACAGCAUCCAGGGAUCCAUAGUGUCCCCUCACACUGCAGCCAGCAAUGGAGGAUAUUCCCGAAAGACUGAUGGUGGCUUCUUCUCCACCUAA